UUGCCCCUGCCCAGUCAUCCACAGCUCCACCAGCUACUGCCCAACCACCGAAGAACAACAAGAGGAAAGGGAAAGGCGCCCCGACAGACAGGCGGACCCGACGGAGGCCGCAGCAGAUUCCACAGUGCGCCACUUGCGGACGACUUCAUCGCGGAGAGUCUCACGUUGGCCAGGAUAUUUGCUAUUACUGUCACGAGCCCAGACAUUUUGCUAACCGCUGUCCGAAGAAACUCCAGCAGCAGCCGCAGCAGCCCCGUCAGCAAGCUCAAAGGCCACCUCAACAGCAACAGAGGGGCAAACAGCAGGCUAGAGUUUAUGCGGUCGAUCAGACUGAGGCGGAACAACACCCAGGUACCAUGUCUGGGAUGCUUAUGCUAAACGAUAUUCCUGUCUUUGUCUUAUUUGAUACUGGAGCGACUCAUUCAUUUAUAUCACGACGAUGUCUCGAUGCAAUCGGAGUUCAUGCCAUUACCGCUGUCGAUCCUCUCGAGGUGAGUCUAGCCUCGGGACGAAAAAUAGUGACUUCUGUUAAAGCCACAGAUCUCAGUAUUUCUAUUGGUGGUCGUAUAUUGUCUACCGACGUUUAUGUGCUUGAGAUGAGGGACUUUGACCUCAUACUCGGCAUGGAUUGGCUAACACGUUUUCAUGCAGAUAUCCGAUGUCAUGACCGGGAGAUUACCCUUUAUCUUCCGGGAGACGAUCAGAUUACUUUCUUCAGUACUAAGACUUGUUCAUUGCCCCAUGUUAUUUCUAUGGCGAAAGCCAGGAAGAUGUUGCGACGAUGCAACUGUCAGGGUUAUCUCGUCAGUCUUGUUGAUGAUUCUCCGAAGGCACGAACACCUCACGACGUUCCUAUUGUUCGUGAGUUUGUGGACGUGUUUCCGGAUGAGCUUCCAAGAGGACCACCUAACCGGCAGGUAGAGUUCUCCAUUGAACUUAUUCCAGGAGCCGGCCCAGUUUCUAAAGCACCUUACCGUAUGGCGCCAAAAGAAUUGCAGGAGCUUAAAGCACAAGUUCAGGAGUUAUUGCGACUCGGUUUCAUUCGACCGAGCGUGUCACCAUGGGGAGCACCCGUUCUCUUUGUCAAGAAGAAGGAUGGAUCCAUGCGCAUGUGUAUCGACUACCGGGAUCUUAACCGGUUAACGAUCCAGAAUAAAUAUCCGCUUCCUAGGAUCGACGAUUUAUUUGAUCAGCUGAGGGGAGCUUGUGUUUUCUCUAAGAUUGAUUUGCGAUCAGGCUACCACCAGCUGAAAAUCAAGGAGUCAGACAUUCCCAAGACCGCUUUUCGUACUCGUUACGGUCAUUACGAGUUCAUUGUCAUUCCAUUCGGUCUCAGCAAUGCGCCAGCCGUAUUCAUGGAUCUGAUGAACCGUAUUUUCCAUCCCUAUCUCGAUCAGUUUGUCAUUGUUUUCAUUGAUGAUAUUCUUAUCUACUCCAAGAGCCAGAAGGAACAUGAGGAGCAUCUGAGGGUUGUCCUUGAAACCCUUAGACGAGAAAAAUUAUAUGCAAAAUUCUCCAAGUGCGAAUCCUGGCUCCAACGAGUAGCCUUUCUUGGUCAUGUGAUUACGCAGGCAGGUAUUGAGGUCGAUCCAUCCAAAGUUGCAGCUGUUCAGAACUGGUCGACACCGAAGAGUCCGUCCGAGGUUCGCAGUUUUCUUGGUUUGGCUGGUUAUUACCGCAGAUUCAUUGAGGGCUUCUCUAAGAUUGCCCUUCCUUUAUCCCAGCUGACGAGGAAGUCUGUGAAGUUCGAAUGGACUGAUCGAUGUGAAUCGUGCUUUCAGGAGCUCAAGAAGAGACUAACUUCAGCACCGGUGUUGACUAUUCCCGAUCCUUCUCGGAGUUUCACCAUUUUCAGUGAUGCUUCAAGACAGGGUUUGGGAUGUGUACUUAUGCAGGAGGGCCAGGUCAUUGCUUAUGCUUCACGCCAACUCAAACCACAUGAACAGAACUAUUCAACGCGCGACUUAGAGUUAGCUACAGUCGUUCAUGCCCUCAAGAUUUGGCGACAUUAUCUAUACGGCGGUCGAUGCGAGAUUUUCACCGAUCAUAAGAGCUUGCAGUAUAUUUUUACUCAGAACGAGCUCAACAUGAGACAACGCCGUUGGUUAGAGCUCGUCAAGGAUUAUGAUUGCACAAUUCAGUAUCAUCCGGGAAAGGCGAAUGUCGUUGCUGAUGCCCUAAGCCGUAAG